AUGGGCAAAUCUAUAUACUUCUAUGAACCGUCGCUGGCGGCAUCCAUCAUCUUCACCAUCCUCUACGUCAUUCCCUUCCUCUAUCACUUUUACAUGACUGUCAUUGCUCCUUGUACGGGGCAGUACAGUAGGACAGGGUACUUCAUACCAAUCGUGAUCGGCGCCGCAAUGGAAGUAGCCGCUUACGGCGUCCGUGCUGCGAGUGUCAAGAAGCCAGACAAUGUAGGGUUGUACGCAACGUCCUCGACGUUAGUCGUCAUUGCACCCGUCCUUGUCUGUGCGAGUCUGUAUAUCCUGAUCGGACGGUUGAUCCGGUCGAGCCUAGAACGACAUUCGAAUGACCCGACGGCGAAAAGGCUACCAGCGCCGUUGGCAGGCAAGAUCUCAUCAGCCUGGAUCCCACGGAUCUUUGUCAUCUCGGAUAUUCUUAGUUUCCUCACGCAGGCUUCGGGAAGUGGAAUUGCUUCUUCAAAUGACUGGCAAGGGACCUCAAAAGAUGCCGGUAUAGGCGUGCUCAUUGCUGGGCUGGUGUUACAGCUUGUUACCUUUUCGAUUUUCCUUAUUCUUGUCAUUUGGUACCAUAUUCGCAUAAUUCCUCUUUCAUCAACGGAUACAAGGAGCUCCGAGGCGAGGUUACUGUUAAAUGGGAUGUAUAUCGCAGGUUUCUUUAUCACGGUUCGUCUGAUUUAUCGAGUCGUUGAAUUCUCUAUCGGUAUAGGAGGAUAUACGUGGACUCACGAGUGGCCGCUUUAUGUCUUCGAGGCAGUUCCGAUGUUUGUUGCAAUGGUGGUCAUGGGGCGGUAUCAUCCCACAUCGAUUCUCGAGGACAAACCGACAGAGUUACAGUCUCGUGGAAAAGAUAGCGAGGGGCAGCCACUGGGUCGACCUCUGUGA